AUGGAGGAUGAACGCUGUGGAGGAAUAAGCUGGAGUAGCGUGGAGGAGCUCUGUGAUAAGGGGAAACUGAGGCCGCGGUUCGCAGCGGCGCUGGGAUUGAAUCCGGACUCCCAGGCGGCCCCGCCAAGCAGCGGGGAGGGGACCCUCGGAGCAGCAGCCGGGCAGGGCCCGGGCGCUGGGGGCGCUGCUCCGCCGCGGGAGCCGCAGCCAUUUCGCCGGCGAGCCGGAACCAGGGGAAGGAGCAGUGUGGGCCGAGCGGCUGCCGCUGCCAUCAGCUGGGCCGGGCCGCCCGUGGGCCUCCGCGCCGCGCUCCGGCGGAGCCCGCUGGCCAUGGCUGCGGCCCAGGUGCAACUGACCGUUGAAGAUGUCACCAUCUCUUUCUCCCGGGAGGAGUGGGAGGUGUUAGCUGAGUGGCAGAAGGAGCUGUACCGAGAGGUGAUGAAGGAGAAUUGCGCCAGUCUGAUCUCACUGGGGUAUCACUUUGGGAGUCCUGCCAUUUUAUCGCAGAUUGACCCAGAGGAAGAGCCGGGCCUCUCGGAUCAGCUGGAUCUGAAAGGAAAAGAAUCACCUGCGUGUGAGUAUGCUCUGGGGGUCCAGCUCGAGGUGGAGAGGCACGACGAAGGGUAUGAUGUAAGCCUGGAACAAGUCAGUAUAUUACCCGGGGACUCUAGGGAGCAGGCCUUGCAGGCGUCCGUCAAGGCAGAAGACUGCCCAAGUGAGAGCAGUGUCUCCAAGCAGAACAAGAGACUGCCCACGACAUUAGCUCUGUCCAGCCUGAGCGACAGGAAGUCAGCUCCAAUCCCAAAUCCCUCGGGGCGGGACAAGAGGAAAAGGACCCAACGGGAGAAGCACGUCUCAAAGCAUGCAGAUCCGGACCGUCACCAGCUCACACGUGCAGAGUGGAGCCGCGUGUGCGCUGAGUAUGGGAAAUGCUUUGCUCAAAAGCGAGACCUGGCAGUGCGCCUGAGAGUCCACACAGGGGAGAAGCGGUUUAAAUGCACCAAGUGCAAGAAGUGCUUCGCUCAGAAGCAACAGCUGCUCAGGCACCAGGAGACCCACGUCACCAAGCCACUGUGCCUGUGCAGAGAGCGUGGGAGACAUUUUCAAGCCAUUCGUGAUCUUCGGCGCCACCAGAUCACUCACGCAAGAAAAACGCCGGUCUCGGUGAUCAUGGUUCCAAAGUUCACGUUUCCUGUUGUGCGUUACAAUAAAACAAGCCAGGAGGCUUAAUCCGCUGGGCAGCAAGUUGCACAGAAAGAACAAAAAUGCAACAUCUCGUUGCAUGAGGGGAAGACUUUCCCCGACAAAUGGAAACGUAUCAUGCACCCAAGAUAGGAACAGCGUCCAAAAAGUGUAAGAAAUAUUCCCCCACCCAUCUGAUGGGAUGGACACUUUAACGCUCAUUGUUCAAUCCACCCUUAAUAAAACCACCGUACAUCAGCACACAGGACUUGAACGGGACUAUUUAAAGGGUGGUUUUACACUGAAGAGUAAAAAUGGCACGUUCUUGCUCAACACAGCUGCUGGCUGUGUGUGUUUGUUUUGCCCCUGUGAAAAUGACUUGAACUUAAACAAUUCUGUGGAUGGUUUCUAGAUUCCAAGGCCAGAAGGGACAUUGCAACCAUCUAGUCUGACCUCCUGGAUAACACAGGCCAUAGAAAAUCCCCACAACGAUUCCUGCUGAUGUCCAAGAAGGUUUAGAAUCCAGCUCUCUCCCUUACCUGGUCUAGCGCUGGAGAACUAAACGGAGUCAAAGUAGUGGACAUCUUUGUCGUUAAAGUCGGUCGAGAGGACUGUGAAAACGUGUGCGCGCACACACAGAUCUGUCACUUAGGAAAGUCUCCAGGAAUUGCUUUGUGACCUUUAGGGUGGUGUGGUGCUUCAGCUGUCUUCUGGUAGACGUGAGGUGACACAACAUGUGCUGAGAUGUUAGAGCUGAUGCAGCCACAAGGCUUCGCAGAAUCUCCAGGCAAUUUUUUAAAAAGUCGAGCACUGAACAGCAGUUCCUAAUGCGAGGGUGAGCUUUCUACUGCUAGGCUGUCAGUUUAAAUCUCGCUGGGGUUGAUAGUGAUAGAAAGUGGCCCAUGGGAAAUGAGUAUGCUGGGUCUCAGCCAUUUUACCAGUAGACAGAUCUCCAUGUACCCUUCCUGGUAUUCCCAGCAGAGAGGCUGAGGUUUGAAUGAGCUGUGCAGAAUUACUGGUCCUGCCUGCUAGACCUGGACUUCCCCACAUCAAGAGCACGGUUUGGGUUGCUUGCACCACGCUGUCUAUGUACAUGCUCUGGGAAUAGAGGAAGCCUGUCUCCUGGGCUGUCACCUUCCCCCAGCACCACGCUGACACACACAAACAUUCAGACACUUUUUCAAAAAAAUCUAGUGUGACGUUUGUGUGCCUGGUGCUUCUCUGAGCCAGGCAUGGGCUUGAUCUUCCUGUCCCAAGCUCCCACAGAGGAGGAGGCGCAAGCAGGCCCAGGAAGGGCUGGCAUCAGCGGCGGCGUUGGGUGUGUGCUGCAGACUUCACUCGGAAUGCAUAUUACUCGUUCACUGAUGUGAAUAGCAAUGGCAGAAACCAGUGUCUCUCUCUCGUGCUGAGAGAAGGGAUUUAUUGCAUUGUUGUCGCAUGGGGUAGAAUCGUCCAGCAGUUGGGGAUGUAAAAUGUUAAAUGGUUAAUGAUCAGUAUUAGUCUUACCGUUAAUAGAUUCCGGUUAACGUUUAAAACAGAUUGUAAUAGCCAACGUGCACAUCAAAAAUGGCACAGCAAUACCCAGAGGUUGCGGGAGCUUGCAGCGCUUUCGCAGCUCAGGGUGCCGCUGGAUCAGCCUGUGCCCGCCAGAGAGGGCACCGCUGGGGGCAGUCCGGCAGGCCCCCCAGCUCUGCUUCUCUUGCAGCUGGCUGCAAUGGUGGGUCUGCCUGGGAACACGGAUCUGCAGGAACACUUGGGUCUGCCCUGGCCCCGCUGCUCUCCCGGCAGUGAUCUGCCGAACUAGCCGGUGCCUAGACACUGGGAGAGCGAGGGGUGGCAGCGCCUAGCCAUGCACACGCAAACGAUCCCCCAGGCCACUGCACUCCACCUCCGAGGAGAGACAGCAGGGUGGGUCCCCCCACGCCAGGGGUAGAUUGUGAACUGGUGAGUGAUUAAACGGUUAACGAUUUUAAUAGUUUAAACGGGUACUUCCUUAAACGAUAGUUACAUCCCUAACAGCAGUACCUGUGAAUCCUGUGUAAUCUCAUGUUCCGUGUGCAGGGUGUUUGGAGCAAUAAAAAUAGUGUAUUACAAACCGAGCUCUUAC